CGGACGGCGUCUGAGGCGGCGGAGCCCUCCCGUCCCAGUCAUGGACGGCUUCGGCUUUGGGCCGGCGGGCUCGCUGAGGAAACCGCCCCGACAGGAGAACCUCGAGAAGAUUGACAUGUCGCUGGAUGAUAUCAUUAAACUGAAUAAGAAGGAGGGAAGAAAACAGAAUUACCCCCAGUUAAAUAGGAAGUUUCUGCAGAAUGGUGCGCGCCAACUCAGAAUCAGAGGAACCAGAUGGGGAAUCCAACAGCAGACUGGUUUCGUUCAGAACAGUCGAAUGAUGCCAGGGAAAAGGCGUCCCUACGGCGUUAUCACCGGGUUGGCAGCUAAGAAAGCGUCCGGGGUUCGCAAAGGAAUCAGUCCUUUGAAUCGACCACCGUUAAGUGAGAAGAACACCCAAAAACAGUAUCCAGUGCUAAAAAGGAAGACAAAUCUUCAGAGGCAGAAUGAAAUACAAAGCCAUCCAUUUCCCAUCCUCAGGACACGUAAUCAGUUAAACAGAAGGAAUAGUGUUACCGGCAGUUUUACCAGAAGUGGAUAUAAAUUAAGUCAGCAAAAGGAUAUACGUCAAGCAACUUUUCUCUUCAGAAGGGGCCUGAAGGUGCAGGCCCAGGUACAUCCAGAACGACUUGCAGAUAGGCCAGCAGCAAAGAGAACUCGUCAGUGGCGGACUUCCACCACAAGUGGAGGAAUUUUGACUGUAUCUAUUGACAACCCUGGAGCCGUUCAUUCCCCAAUAGCUCAGAGGCCACGAUUAACUCGAACUCCUGUGCCCCCAUUCCUGAUGAAGAGGAAUCAGCCUGACGAGAAGAAAAUUCCCAAAGGCGUUCCCUUACAAUUUGACAUUAACAGUGUCGGAAAACAAACAGGUAUAACUUUGAAUGAGCGUUUUGGGAUCCUGAAAGAACAAAGAGCUGCUCUCACCCAGAACAAAGGAAGCCGUUUUGUAACCGUGGGAUAGAUUCCGUGGCAAAGGGACUUUUUGCACAACUACUCUACCUAAUGGAGAAGUCAAGGUGACAGAAGAAAGAAUGUCUCAGAAAUUCUGUAGAGUUAAAUAACUCUUAUUGCUUUUACUUCUGAAUGAUUGAAAAAGAAAAAAAAAAAAACAGUACAAUGUGAUGCCCUGGGAAAACGACAGGAAAACACUGAUAUGUUCUUAAAGAUCUCAUUUUGGGUCCUAAUGGACAGAUUCUGUAGUGGCCCACUUGACUGACAGAGAUGGCAUCCUCCUUUGGUUCCUUAUACUACCGAAGCGCGGCAGGCAAAUGGAAGAUAAUUAUUUUGAUGAUAAUGGUAUUUGGUAUCUCUUCUCUGUACACAUACUGAUUGGUGAAGACUGAGUUCUUUCAAACCUCUAUUUUCAGGGGUGUAAGGAAAAUCUCUUCCCCGUUCCCUUUUGGCCAACAUCUGACUUGGAACGAACACCUGCGUACUGCAAAGAGGUUGCCCAUUUGGAAAUGGAGGUGUAAAAAACCCCAAACCCAUUAGAAGUUUGGAAUUUUAAUGGGCUUUUAUUUCCACGUACCUGAAAAGCCACCCCACGAUCUUUUUCCCCCCCCCUUCAACUGGAGGUUUUCGGCGUAACCCACAGCAGAUGGUAGAGAUUGAAAGACUUAAAUUCCCCGUUUCCCACGGUAGCUGUUUGUUACAGGAAAGCUGUAAAUUCCAGACGCAUAGUGACGGCCUUGCCAAUAAAUUAGCUCCGUCGAUCGCUGUCCAUUUAAAAUGUGUCCGUUCAAACUGUAAAUGCGUGUUUGCCCUGAAACUGGGGGCCGGGGGGGCUUGGAAGGUGUUGAAGGAGACUUUCCACUGGACAACUCUCACAUCUAGCGUGUUUAAUGGGAUAAAAGGGACUGACAGGAAGAGAGGGAAAAUUGGAUUGGAAGCUCUUUCCGCUCUCCUCACUCCUACCCUCAGCUACAGUCUGAUUUUAAUAUUUCCUAGACUGGUGGGACCCAAAGAGAACACCGUCGAAUAUUUAUUUUAUGUAAGUUUGUGCCGAGCACCCACAGACGUAUAUUUAAGUGGUUUUUAAAAAUGUCAGCAUAAGCAUCAACGGCGGCUAUCUGAGCCCUCCUCCUUCAAAAUGGGAUAUUUCAAAAGCAUUAAAACUCAAUGGGGGGGAAAAUACAAACUCUUUUUUUUUAAAAAUGCUGUUUUGUAAUCUUAAAGCCGUCACAAAGGAAAUGUCGUGCCAAUGGGGGUGUAGUGUAACCUUGUUUUACGUAUUAAAUACUGAUAAUAUUAAUAGGGAUCCGCAGGCAGAAAGAGAUUGCUUUCCCUUGACUUUUUCCGUUUUGGUUUGGCAAACAAGGUGGUGCUGACUGAAGGUCCCAUCAAAUGGUACGACGUCAACACGCGACAAGCAUUUCAGCAACAGAUUUUCAGGUUUUUCACCUCUGAUUUUCCCCAGUUCUCUACUGAAAUGCAGUCGUCGAUGUGAGUGAGAGAGACGAUGGUGGCAAUAGAUCGUAUUUUGGAUGUGAUUUUUUUAUAAAAGCAUUAGAUAUUUCCUCCACCCAUCUUAUUCAUUGGACACAAGUUUCCUUUAAAGUUCACCUUCACGGUUCUUCCUGGUCUUUGGCGGUGGCCAUAGAUAGCUGUGACAUCUUUAUGUGUUUACCAAAGAAAACAUAUCAAUAUGUAUCGAUGAAUUGCAAUUUUUAAGGAAGCAGCUAUGGAUUUUGUAAGUAGGAUGAAGUCCCUUUAAGCAUUUAUGUCUCUGGAGCCUUAGGGAUCCAUUUCAAAGCGUUUUCGGAGGCGCAAGUUCCUAUUUUUGAUCCAGGGAUGGAGGAUUCCAUAAUAAAUCAUUUCACAUCAAU